UGGCGCCCCUGGUGGAGAGUUUGUAGUCGGAAUCACACGACCACGCACUGUUCGUAAUGGUUUUCGUGUAAAAAAUGUUUUCCAGACUCACUCGUUUAUCUCUCAGAGUGGGUUUUCGGCCGCACACCCUUAGUUCCUUCAGCUCCAGCCGCCGGUUGAUGGUCGAACAUGAUCGAGUGAAUCGUCGCUUCACCGUCACUCCAGGCAGCGGGGCCGAGGCUCGAGACUGUGCAGUGCUGAUCUACAGAUUCACCGGGGAGAAGGAGGUGGACCUAAUGUCGACCUUUGUGCCAGAGACGUUCAGAGGUCAAGGUGUCGCUGCACUGCUGUCACAGGCUGCCAUGGAGUUUCUGGUUGAAGAAAACCUCAAGGCUCGCGUCUCCUGUUGGUACAUACAGAAAUACGUCGAGGAUCAUCCGCUGCAGAAGUUUAAAGACGUGGUCAUCACGUGACUGAACGACCGCUUCACAUUAACGACGUUAAUGAAAAAAUCCCAAACACUCUACUUUGUCUGUGGACUCCACAGCAUCUAAAAGUGGUGGUUAUGAAUAAGAAAAAAAUCAAUUUUAUUUGAUUAAAUUAACUGAAAAAUCCAGAGGGAAAAUCAGGGUUUAAAAAAACAU